CGCCUACAGCCGGGUGGUCGCGGGGGGAGGGCGGGAGCCGCCGCUCUUUGGCCGCUUCCCAUUCCGAGCCGCCGCCUUCCCUCCGCGCCCGGCCGGCAGGUCUGAGUGAGGAGGUGCCCGCCAGGCUGCGGAGAACAGGUUGAGCUUCAAGAUGUCCCUUGGGAGAGACAUGGAGCUGGAGCAUUUUGACGAGCGUGAUAAAGCGCAGCGAUACGGCAGAGGGUCCCGGGUGAACGGCUUACCCAGCCCUACUCACAGUGCCCACUGCAGCUUUUACCGAACCCGCACUCUCCAGACCCUGAGCUCCGAGAAGAAAGCCAAGAAGGUUCGCUUCUACCGCAACGGAGACCGGUACUUCAAAGGGAUUGUGUACGCCAUCUCCCCGGACCGCUUCAGGUCCUUCGAAGCUCUCCUGGCUGACCUGACCAGAACUCUGUCCGACAAUGUGAACCUGCCCCAGGGAGUGAGAACAAUCUACACAAUUGAUGGCUCCAAGAAGAUUUCCUCCUUGGACCAGCUAGUAGAAGGCGAAAGUUACGUAUGUGGUUCCAUAGAACCCUUCAAGAAGCUGGAGUACACAAAGAAUGUAAACCCAAACUGGUCAGUGAAUGUUAAGACAACUUCUACUUCUCGCUCAGUGCCAUCUCUUGCCACUGCUAAAGGAGGUACUCCAGAUGCAAAAGAGAAUAAGGAUUUCAUUCGGCCUAAACUGGUCACCAUCAUCAGGAGCGGAGUGAAGCCGCGGAAAGCGGUGCGGAUUCUGCUCAACAAGAAGACAGCACAUUCCUUUGAGCAGGUUCUUACCGACAUAACCGAUGCCAUCAAGCUGGAUUCUGGGGUGGUUAAACGCUUGUACACACUAGAUGGAAAACAGGUGAUGUGCCUUCAGGAUUUUUUUGGCGAUGAUGACAUUUUUAUUGCCUGUGGACCAGAAAAGUUCCGUUACCAGGAUGAUUUCUUGCUGGAUGAAAGUGAAUGUCGGGUGGUGAAAUCUACUUCCUAUACCAAAAUAGCUUCGAGUUCACGCAGGAGCACCACCAAGAGCCCCGGCCCAUCCCGACGCAGCAAGUCUCCUGCUUCUACUAGCUCAGUGAAUGGAACCCCUGGUAGCCAACUUUCUACUCCCCGCUCUGGGAAGUCUCCAAGCCCAUCUCCCACUAGCCCAGGAAGCCUACGGAAACAGAGGAGCUCCCAACACAGUGGCUCCUCUACCUCAUUAGCAUCCACCAAAGUUUGCAGCUCUAUGGAUGAAAAUGAUGGCCCUGCAGAAGAGGUGUUGGAGGAAGGUUUCCAGGUUCCAGCAUCGAUAGCAGAGCGAUAUAAAGUUGGAAGGACUAUAGGAGACGGAAAUUUUGCUAUUGUGAAGGAGUGUAUAGAAAGAUCAACUGGUAGAGAGUAUGCUCUGAAAAUAAUCAAGAAAAGUAAAUGUAGAGGAAAAGAACACAUGAUCCAGAAUGAGGUAUCUAUUUUAAGGCGAGUCAAGCAUCCCAAUAUUGUACUUCUGAUCGAGGAGAUGGACAUGCCAACUGAGUUGUACCUUGUCAUGGAACUUGUAAAGGGAGGAGAUCUUUUUGAUGCUAUUACUUCCACCAACAAAUACACAGAGCGGGAUGCAAGUGGGAUGCUUUACAAUCUGGCCAGUGCCAUCAAGUAUCUUCACAGCCUGAACAUUGUCCACAGGGAUAUCAAGCCGGAGAAUCUACUGGUUUAUGAACACCAAGAUGGAAGCAAGUCCCUGAAGCUGGGAGACUUUGGCCUAGCAACAAUUGUGGAUGGACCUCUAUAUACAGUCUGUGGGACCCCAACAUAUGUAGCUCCAGAAAUCAUCGCUGAAACUGGAUAUGGCUUGAAGGUGGACAUCUGGGCAGCGGGUGUGAUUACUUACAUUCUGCUCUGUGGUUUUCCUCCGUUCCGUGGAAGUGGAGAUGACCAAGAAGUGCUUUUUGAUCAGAUUUUGAUGGGACAGAUGGAUUUUCCAUCUCCAUAUUGGGACAACAUUUCUGACUCUGCAAAGGAACUUAUCACAAUGAUGCUUCAAGUAGAUGUAGAUCUGCGAUUCUCAGCCUUGCAAGUUCUUGAGCAUCCAUGGGUUAAUGAUGAUGGCCUUCCAGAGAAUGAACAUCAGCUCUCUGUAGCUGGGAAGAUAAAGAAGCAUUUCAACACAGGCCCUAAGCCGAACAGCACGGCAGCUGGAGUUUCUGUCAUAGCACUGGACCACGGGUUUACCAUCAAGAGAUCAGGGUCUUUGGACUACUACCAACAACCAGGAAUGUAUUGGAUAAGACCACCGCUCUUGAUAAGGAGAGGCAGGUUUUCCGACGAAGACGCAACCAGGAUGUGAGGGGACGUUACAAGGCUCAGCAAGCUCCACCUGAACUCAACUCCGAAUCGGAAGACUAUUCACCAAGUUCAUCCGAGACUGUUCGCUCACCUAACUCACCCUUUUAAUAAAACACUUUUUCUCAAAAGUCUUGGCUUUAACCCUUUGAGACCCUGAAACUGCUUCAGGCCUGUGUGGAGUGAAUACAGCUGAUCUAUCCAGCAGUAAACGCUAGGAUGGUAGAACACAAAAGGGUGCUCACAGAAUCUUUGUAAGAAUAAUUUCCUAAUUGGUUGAAAUACUUGUUCUCUGUUUAGAUUGCAACUUGCUGCUAAUAAGAUCCUCAAAGGGUUAAGGCUAUUUUGCUUUUUUUAUUUAAAGAUAGAAGCAGUGAAUGUUUUCAUCAGUGGAGCUAGGAACUGCAGUAUGUAAUUUUAGCACAUGUUAACCCUCUGAGUAAAUGAUCACCUUAAAUCUUGACAACCCAUAUUAGGGUUUUAUUCUGGCUUUUUUGCUUUUAUACGCACAUAUCUUUUAUAGUAUCCUGAAGUUCCUUGCCUGUUUCUGGCCAAAAAAUAUAUCAAAUGUACUAUUGCUUAGGAAUUAUAAAUAUAGGCUUAAAAAUGAAAAUAAAAUUAAAACAAAUGGUAUCUUCUGCAGCAGCUCAUUCCAAACCUGCAUCGUACUUCGACACGGAGUGACUGUUAUUGGAGGAUAUGAUGCAGGGCUAAGUGGGAAAUUCAGUUUAGGGCAUUCUCAUGGUUUACAGAAGAUGACAUGAUGAUGGCCAGAAAAGAUUGUUUCCAUGUAGUUUGCUGCUAAUGAUAAUGUUGAGUUUUGGGAAAUUGCUUGAGGACAUGUUCUGUCAUGUAAUAGUAUGUAAUGAUCUAGUUGAGAAGUUCCUGGUUCCUUUGCAUCACAUUCAGGAAUGUACAGGCAUCCUCUCGGCAUGACCUGGUUAUUCCGGCAGAGCCAUUUAAAAAGGUUAACACUGAUGAGCAUUACCCUUUAAAUAGCUAGAGUACUUCUAAAUCGGGGAAAAUACAGGUCAUUUAAUAUAUAUGUAAAGCCUAAAUUGAAUUAGCAGAAGUUUUGUCUUUAGAAUGGAGAAACUAAAAAUGAUUCACCAGUAUUAUUUGUAAUAUUUAAUAAAAUGGGCAUUUACACAGAGUAUAUAUAUAUAUAUUACUGGUUUGUUAAAACCUAAAGACAACAUUAUAGCUUUUUAUUUGACCAUUAUCAUAAAGUUGGCUUCCACAGAAAUAUUACAGUGUGUAGACUUUUGCUUCAGAUGUGAUAAUUUGAAAAAAAAAAUGGCUCAGAAUUUCACUUGAAUGAAAAAAGCAACUUUCAAAACCAUGUUCUAAAAUAAAAAAACAUUGUGAAAUUUAUAGUUUCUCUUAUUGCUCAUAUAAAAUAGAAGGUUUCUUCUCUAAAGUUAACGUUUUCUCACAUUGUUUUUUAAGUCACAUGUGGUUUCUUCUCUCUCUCCCUGCCCCCUUCUCUCUCUCUCUCUCUCUCUCUCUCUCUCUCUCUCUCCCUUCCCCAACCUUGCCCUUUAUCUCUUCCUUCCUUUUUCUUUCCUAUUAUUCAGCCAGAAGUAUCAAUAUACUACCCAAAAUGACAUGCAGAUUUUCUCAGCUUUCCAGAAAGUAUAAAUAAAUUUUUCAGGAACAGGGCAAGUUGCCCACAGUAUCGUUCCCCUUCUGAGUGGUGUUUUUCUCAUGGAACUGUCCAUAUGAGCAGUUGUGACAGACAGUGUGUACCUGCAGCCGAUGGGGGCUAGUGUAAAGCUCUUUUGCACUUCUAGGUGGAAGUAUCAGUUGAACUGUAAACAUUCCAAGAAACAUUGGAAUUCUGUUUCUCCAUCCUACGAAGUGCAUCUUUCAUUGCCUCAGACAUGAAAAUUUAUAUAUUGAAAGCUCUGAAGACUUUAAACACAAGAAUUUAAUCUUGUGGAUCUUCACACAAGUGGUAUAAGUAUUUCAUAUAGUGUUUUUUUUAAUCCAUCCAAUAUUGAUAAUCUAGAAGUGAGAUAUUUAGUAGAAACUAGUUCUCCAUACUUCCUGGGUUAUACAGAGAGAUGAGCAUUCCAGGUUUGAUUCAUCUCACCUGAUACACGCACACAUUUUAGGCAGGACUCGUGUUUUGAUUAACCUAUUGGGCUCACUCCAUUGACUGUAGAAGGAACUGCUGUGGGAAGCUUACAUCAGACACCAACUUCAGAUUAUGAGUUUACUAGAAAGUCAUUUAAGCCAUCAGGAGUCUGAUCCCUGAAUGCAUGUCUGUGGCCAGAAGGCCUGUGUAUGGCCUCUGUUACUCUGUCUGGAACCUGAGUAACAACAUUUUAAAGCAAGUUAAGCAAAUAAGGGAACUCCACUGGGGCUGGAGGUGAAGGGACAAAGGAACUGCCAUGCAAAAGUUCUCGGAUUUUAGGUUUUAGGAAAGGGUUGUAUCUGUGUGUCAAAUCCUUGACUAUAACCAUCCAACCCUUGACUCAUUGUGAAGAUGCUCAGUAGAUUGGGAACAACCACUGCCAUCUUAAUGGUUGUGCAUUCAUAACUUUUGGAUGGGACAAGGAUGAUUUUCGAUAGGGUGAAAACUUCAGUCAAGAUAAAGCCUUCCUUGCCACUACCUCCCAAAUUUACAGUAGGUCAGAAUCUGGCACAAGUUUGACCAGCACUGAUCUUCCCACAUUUUAUCACAUCCUUCCCUUUAGAAGAGAUACAGCUCAGCCAUGUAAAUGCAAGGCAUACAUGUGGUAGUAAAAAAGUGUCCAUCAAUACCACAUGCUCCUUGACUAUUGUGAAAAUUUGGCAGUCUUAAAGCAAAAGCCAAUGUUCAUUCUUCUUAAUUAGAGAGGGAAGUCAUGAGAAAAAAAAAAGUUUCACCUUAUGCAUGAGAAAUAUUUAAACACCCAUCUGGGAUUUUCCUAUCACCUUUGCUUUGGAAUACAGGGUUAUCAUUAAAAUAAGAUGUUUGGCUCCUUCAUCCUAGACCAUCUUGUAUUACUUAAAAUGUAUGUAAAAAUAAUCCUAGAUCCUGAAAAUUCUACUCAUCCCCAACAUCUUAUGUUUCUGAUCUUAGGUUCAUAUUUUAUGAACAUAACUAUAAAAAUAUUUCUUUAAGUUAUUUUUAGGUUUGUGAGAGACUGGGUUUCAAAUUGCUGAUAUCCUAUUUUAGGUUUCAAGGAGAGGUAUCUGAAUAUUGAAACUGUUUCAAAAGAGUUUCCAAUGAUGAUUUAACAUAUAUCCAUAUAUCCAUAGAGAUAUAUUUUAAUAUAUCCAUAUAUAUAUAUAUAUUUAUGGUUUCAUGGAAGUUAAAAUUAUUUAGGCUUGUUUGGCAGUGACUGCCAUGUUUUUAAUCUAACCUCUGAAUUCUUGGGGAUAAGACAGAAUAUGGGCCCCUAUAAAUAUUUGAAACACCAAUGAAAAAAAGAAUCAAGUAUAAUAGACGAUUUCUAAUGUAAUAAUCUGGGGAAGCACAUAGCACGCCGUGGUCAUUUUACUGUAAUACAGACCAGUCCUUAUGACUUCUUUCUUCAUUUCUCUUUUGAAUCAUUGGCUGGUAUUGCUGCUAAAUGUGACAACAAUUGUUUUAGUUAGCAGAGAUGGAUGGCAGUUGUGGUAGGCACCAUCCAUCACCAAGGAGAUGGAGACGGGCACUUCUGAAGGGUGACUCAGGUCAUUUAAUGUUUGGUCUCUGGAGAUGCCUGACAGCCUGAUCUUAGUAUUAACAGGAAAGUAGAACAGGGUCACUUCCAGCUUAAUUCCUCUCAAUUAAAUAUAAGCGGGGAUAACACGGCCUCUAACCUAAGUGCGAUAUUCCAGUGAGCUUACAUGCAGUAAGCAAACUUUGAUGUGAAAAUGUAGUACUGGAUGGCACAGGAUUAGCUAAAAGGUGAUGAGCUGGGAAUUGUCUCAUCUAGAUGUAGCUGUCUUAGAGUUAAGCAUCUAAUAUAGGGCAAUAAUCUAAGCUUCCUGUGUAGGUGCUGGAGACUGGCUUCUCUAAUGGAUAAUUAAAAUUCUAGGAUGGAUUAAUCACCCAUGAGAUGAGGUGCCUAGCCCAAAUAUAUUUAAAACAUGAUUUGUUAAAAGUCAUGACAUAUAAAUUAGUAUUUCUGUAAGAUAAAAUUUUUAUAGCAUUAAUGUACAAAAAAUCCAGAAUACUAUGGUUCUACUCAGAGGGUUAACAGAAAAGCACUAGGCAUGCUGAUUACAUUGGUGUAUCCAAACUGCUUUGCUUUUUUAGCCAGUGUUUGCUGAUUUUUUCAGAAAAUUCUUGAAAAUCUUCAAGUUUGAAAUAAUUUAAGUGUUGUUGUUUAAGGAAUUUCUAUAACCAAAUUAAUCUUAUUUUUAGCUCAAGUUAUCACAGGAAUAAUAUGUAUCAUUGAUGCAGUGUAAGUCUGUAGUUACCAAUUUUAUUAAUUCCACAAGUGAUUCCAGAAAUCUGUCUUUUUUUAAGUACUUACUCUAGAGCUUACAAUGGUGACAUAGGUGACUGAGACUGUCCUUCUUAUUGGUAAAAAAACAAUAUUGUAUUUCAAGAAAGUCCUAAGAAUCAGCUUUUCAGUUUGGUAGUGUACUAGUUAGGGGAAAGCUAUCUCAUUACAUGCAUUGUGUAAAUCAUCUUUGUAGAUGAAGAUUGUUCAUAUUAAUGAACACAUUCUUUUUUCCUUGACAUUGUAGCAGAAACUGUUUACUUGUUAAUGAACAACCAAUACAUUAAUUUGCUUCAGACUGUUAGAGGGGAAAGUGAGAUUCCAGUCAUUGACAAUGUUAUUGCUUUACAGUAGCCCUCAUCUAAUUUAAAUGUGGUGCAUACUACAAUAAGCAAAGCCAAACCUGUGAAUAAACUCCUGAAAAAGCCUGGUGGGUCUUUAUUCAGUUGGGUGCUCACAUACAGUAGCAUGUGACAGCAGGAAGGCUUUCAAGAAUUGUUGAAAUGAAAGCGAUAUAUCCACAAAUAAGAGCUAAAUUGCAAUCCUUUCCCUAUGGGGCAUAUGUGUUUGA